AUGGAGAUGAGCGUCGAGCUCAGGGAGACGCCGUACCCGCUCGUGGCGGCGCUCGGCUCGCACGAGCUGCAGAACAAAGUGCUACCGCACAUGCGUGCGGUGAACGAGAAGUUUGUGCCGAAGCUGCACUUUGCGUCGCUGCCGCGGGAGCACCGUUUUCCUGCGAAGAAGGAGCUGCGCGAGAAGCACGGGACGUUCUCCAGCCAAACGCAGCGCGACUUGGACACGUACCGGACACAAGGCAUUGUCAAGACGCAAUGGAUCAAGAAACACCACGAGUUGCUGCCGGCUGUGGUUCUGCUCUUUGACGAGUUUGAUCCGCGAUGGAUGCUACAGGACUGGCAGCAGAGGGAGACGGCGCUGGUCGAAGACGUUGAGCAGCUCAAACGGACCGUAUCAGCUAGAGAGUGUCAUGUGAUGGUCCUUCUUGUGCAGCAAGUGGACGACGUGGAUGGGGCAUGGAUGAACGUGACGGAAGAGAGACUGGCCAACUUGAGGAGGAGACUGGACACUGAUGCAAAGGGACUCGUGCUUGUAACGUCAAAGGAUGUCACGUGUGCAUCGAGUGUGAUGGUAAAACUCGAGUCGACUGUGCGUACUAUGGCACUCGAGUACUACAAGGUGCAAUCGAAACGAGUGAAGAGAUACGAGAAGGCUUGUGCCAGGACAGCGGAGUACCAGGCCCUGCAUGCGAGGUUUAACUUCAAGAUUGCACAUUUCUACGAAUUUCGACGCUACACGGCCAAGGUGCUGCAAUACUAUGAAGCUUCGUAUCGCGCCAUUCUUGCGCUGCCGUUGAGAGAGAACGAGGCUGCUGAUGGGAUCGCUUUCACGCAGGUGAUGACAAUGGCAGAGUUUGUGAACUUGAAACUGUGCUACCACUUGAUUUUUUCGUCGAACAACGUUAAUGAUGCAGUUGGUCAGCUCCGACGCCAUAUGGGCGUGUACGCUCAUGCGAUUGUUGUGCCGGAUCGAGCUUGCGAGCACUGGGCUUGGGUGUCUCGUCAGUACCACAUCUUUGCUCAAUUGCUGGUCGAGGCUCUUUCUAUUCGAGGCUCACUACCGAGUACUGGGCUGGAGUCAAACGUGUACAAAGAGCCAUAUUUGUACUUUUCUCUCGCAGCAAAGUACGCCAUCUUUCGAAGAAAAGCAGCUAUGAAGCUGGGUCUCACCACCACUGCUGCUGCUGCUGUGCAGACUGUCGCGGCAAACGGAGAAAGCAUGUCGGAAGGAGACUUCGUUGUGGUGCCUUCUAUUUUUAUUGGCGGAGAUCCAUCGGUUUCCGAAGCAAGGGCUGCAUCACAGGGCCCGUCAGUGGCGGCACUCGUGAAGUAUCGGCACAGUAUGGAAAAGAGUGUCCCACACGCUAGGCAGUCUCUCCUUCUGCUAGAGCACGCACUUCAGCACCUCACAAUGUAUAUGGCAGACCAGAAUGCACCGCGGAGUCGAUUGAAAGGCCGGUUGCUGGUUCAUUUAGGGACAGAACGACUUGCCUCGGGUGAGUACGAUCGCUCACGCAAUGAGUUGCAGAAAGCCAAGGAGAUAUUCAGUAGUGAAAACUGCUGGGCCCAAACUGCUCAGAUUCUAAAGCAGCUGCUUAUUUGCACCUUGCGCCAAGGAGAUACUGAUGCGUACAUGGAUUAUUCGCUACAGUUGCUGUCUCCUGUCGUCGAGGAGUUUGUGUCGAUGAAAGAACGCAGUCGUAUUCAGGACUCAUUCUUCACAGCAUGGAGGGGUCCGGCGUCUUUGGGUGCACCAUUCGCACAAAACUCUGCGCCCAGAAACGUGCAUGAACUCGCACUUGAUCGGUCUCGCGCAGUGUUUGCGUUGACCGCUCAGUUUGACCGCGCUUCUGCUUGUGUGAAGGAGGAUGUCACAUUGGAGCUGACACUGCGCUCCCAUUUUCCGUUGCCGCUCGUGUUGUCGAAGAUUGAGUUGGUGUUCAAUGACGAGCGCUAUCGCACGAUGCUUUACCACCGAGAUGGAGCAGAAUCCGGGACAAUUACUUGCGUGGACGGAAGGUUGUCUACUUCACUGGACUUUACUCAUAGACUGGUCAAGGAGCUCCGUAUACCACUGCGUGUGCUAGACGGCCGGCAACUGCUCUCCAUCCAGGAAGUGCGAUUAUGCUUAUGUGGCGGAGACGACGAUGUGGAAAUGGAAAACACCAAGAUCGAUGGGCAAAAGGCGGCUGCUGCUUUGGCUUUUAGUCUGCUUGUCACACGCGCCUCCGCAGAGCAACGAGUGGUGCCGAAGCCGUACCUGAUGAGUGGCCGUGUUCCUGCCAUGGGCAAUGGCUCUGCGUCUCCGAGUUUCUCCAAGCGAAAAUCGAUGUUUUCACUAGUCGAAGGGCCCCGACCCGCCCACCUCGAGGUACGUGAGCCCGUCGAAGAGGACGGGUCCACGCAUCUUCGAGGCUCCUCAUUGCAGAUUGUGCAGCCGCGUGCAAAAGCCACUCUGUCUUUGUUUUCGAACGAACCGCUGUUGACAGGAGACUUCCGUGAGCUUGCUUUUCGCUUGGCAGCAAAUGAAGACGCGAUGGAGAAUGUGACGUUCCAGAUCAUUUGUACACCUCCACCGGCAUCAUUGGCACCUGAGGAUGCGUUCUUCUUCACUGAGCAAGCCGGCGUGUUGACUCCAGUGCCGCUGGACGCUAAUUUGCAACCGCGGGACCGGAUCGCUCUGUCGAGUAAGAACGUCCACACUGAAGAAGCUGUCCGUGUCGUCGUGCGCUCAACCAAAGCAGCGUCAUUGACCUUGAUCGCGUCCGUGGCAUACACUACGAACAAUGGCGUGUCUGUAGGCUUUGACGAACGGUUCAAGCUGAUAUGCCAUGACCCGUUUGCGAUUGACGGCGGUUUCGUUUCUGAUUUUCUUACCGGUGGCGGCGUGCCUGGUACUGCACAAAGGCCGAAAGGGUCCUAUGGGUGCGUGGGGAGUUUGGUGAAUUACCAAGGAAGGGUUACAUGCACAUCCGGAGAGGCACUUCGUGUGCUUGCGCUGCAUUUUGAACCACGUGAGACAAACAUGGAAGAAGCUUUGGCUACAUCUGGGUUUGGAUCCACCUCUACCGAGCUGGAUAGCAGUGACAGCGCCAAUGUUUGCGCUACUUUUACAGACGGCGACUCGUGGUGUUUUUGCCUACGACUGGUACCGACAAUGGCGUCGCCUUUUGUCACACUUGGCCGAGUGGAAGUUGUUUGGAGGCGUGAGUCGUCACGUAUCGCUCGUGCCCAUGACGGUCCUAGCAACGACGUCGUGCGGACGUGGCUCGAUAUGCCGUUGGUCUCCUUUAUCGUGGCGCCCCUCACUAUCAGCGUCGAGACGCCCCCGUUUGGCGUGGAAGGAGUGCUGGACUAUAUGAACGUCCGUGUGAAGAACAACGAGGCUGUCGUGCACAGUCUCCAGGUCAAGUCUGUGGAUGCCGCGGAUGCGUUUUUCAUCUCGGGCCGUACAAAUGUGACGGAACACGUGCUGCCUUUCGACGAGCAAGUGUUCCGACUCGGGCUCGUACCGAUGAAGACUGGCUAUUUGCGUUUGCCCCGCGUUGAGAUCGUGUCAUUGACGUAUGGCUUUUCAUUUGCAAACCCAGAGGAACGUCAGGAGUUGUUUGUCCUGCCGCGGGACUGUCCGGACUGGGUCGUCGAGCGCGCCAACUAA